UAUAAAAUCAACGCCCUACUUCUAGCUUUUAUUUCAAUAUUUUGAUAUUUUUAUAUCCAACACAAUUUAUCGAUGAAAGUCUGUUAUUUUUCGUCAUGAAUCUAGAGCUUCUGUUCACUGUAUUAAGCCUAUUUGGUGUACUAUCUCUCAAUCCUAUUGAAGAACUCAUCGACCCAAGUAAACAAAGAGAAAAAUUUAGUCAGGAGUGCAAAAUGGAACUGGGCCUCAAAAAAGUAAAUUUUCCAACGACUGAUGUAACCGAUGGUAAAAUAGCAGAUUACUACUUUUGUUAUUCAAAGAAGAUCGGACUAUUAACUGAUGAAAACAGAUUCGAUAAAGACAUACUGAAUGGGUUGAGUGAUCCGUUCAAUCGGGAUUUAUUACCUAAAGAUAUCGGUGACCGAUGUAGUACCCAUAAAAAAGUCACUAAAAAGGAAAUUCUACGGCUACUUACUUGCAUAAAAGACGCAUACUUGGAGUUUAGUAAAUAUGUGUUAAGAAAAUUUAUUUUAAUUUAAAAACUGUUUUUUUAAUAAUAGUUGUUUUAUUACAUAAUAA